AUGGCGGCGGCCGCCACGGCCGCCAGCCCCGGCAGCCCCGCCGCCGGGCCCCUGCCGCCGCCGGAGCCCUGUCCCAGGAAGGGGCAGCCGCCGCCUCCGCCGGGGCCGCCGCAGCCGCCGCCGGUGCGCAGCGACCCCCGCCGCAGGCAGGCCGCGCUCUCCUUCCUCACCAGCAUCUCCCUCGACGGGCGGCCCCCGCCGCCGGGCAACGACGGCCCCGCCGCCAGGCCCCGCCAGGCCCCGCCGCCGCCACGGCUGGGCAGCCCCCCGACGGCGCCCGCCGAGUCCCCCCGGCCCCAGGAGGAGGAGGAAGACGAGGAGGAGGAGGAGGACGCCUUCGCCGCGGUGCAGGUGCCGGCCGCCGCUUUCCUGGGCGCCGCGGCGGCGGGCAGCCGCGGUCGCCUCAACUCCUUCACGGCGGGGGUGCUGCCGGCGACCUUCGGCCGCGCCAGCCCCCAGGGCAGCGGCAGCGAGCUGGUGCAACCCGGCCCCGCCGCCGCCUUCGAGCUGCAGCGGUCCCGGCGUCGGCUGAUCUCCCAGCGAUCUUCUCUGGAGACUCUGGAGGACAUCGAGGAAAAUGCCCCCCUGCGGAGAUGUCGGACACUCUCAGGAUCACCCAGACCAAAGAACUUCAAGAAGGUUCAUUUUAUCAAGAACAUGAGGCAGCAUGACACCAGGAAUGGCAGAAUAGUCCUUAUCAGCAGCAGAAGAUCCUUCUGCAGCAUAUUUUCAGUGCUGCCAUAUCGAGACUGUACCCAAGUCGGGGAUAUGAAGUUGGAUGGUGGACGGCAGUGCCAUUCUACUGGAGUGUGUCUGAAAGAGAUAAUUGGUCUUGAAGGUGUGGAGCUUGGAGCGGAUGGGAAGACUGUUUCUUAUACACAGUUCCUAUUUCCCACCAAUGCUCUGGGAACUCGGAGAAACACGAUAGACUCCACCUCAUCCUUCUCCCAAUUUCGCAAUGCAAGCCAUCGUAGCCUUUCUUUGGCAAGAGCUAACAGCACCCAGGGGAGCAUUGAUGCAGGCAGUGACCUGGGAGACUUUGUUGAAUAUGACCCAAAUCUUUUAGAUGAUCCCCAAUGGCCAUGUGGCAAACAUAAGCGGGUUUUAAUAUUUCCUUCAUAUAUGACAACAGUCAUAGACUACGUGAAGCCAUCAGAUCUCAAGAAAGACAUGAAUGAGACCUUCAAGGAGAAGUUCCCUCACAUCAAGUUAACCCUCAGUAAAAUAAGGAGCUUGAAGAGAGAAAUGCGCAAGCUUGCUCAAGAAGAAUGUGGUUUUGAAGAGCCCACAGUGGCAAUGGCCUUUGUCUACUUUGAGAAGCUCGCUCUCAAGGGGAAGCUGAACAAGCAGAACAGAAAGCUUUGUGCUGGAGCCUGUGUCCUUUUAGCAGCCAAAAUUGGCAGUGACCUCAGAAAACAUGAAGUCAAGCAUCUUAUAGAUAAACUGGAAGAGAAGUUCCGUCUGAACAGGCGGGAGCUGAUCGCCUUCGAGUUCCCGGUGCUGGUGGCCUUGGAGUUUGCUCUCCACCUUCCUGAGCAUGAAGUGAUGCCACACUACAGACGCUUGGUGCAGAACUCCUAGCACUGGCUGCCCUCUGGGGAAGGGGCUCCCGACUGUUCCCUCUUGGCUCUCCUGAGCUGCAGUUACUACUGGAAAAUGCAAAAUCAAGACUCCUAACUCUUCACUCUCACCCCGAGACCAUUUUUUUUCUGGCAACAUACAGGAAACACUGCGUCGACGUGAGACUCUCAGCUCUGACAGAUUUACCUGUUGUUACUUUCUCACUACAGGUGGAGACUGAGCUGUUGGUAAAUAGUUAGCUGAAAUGGGGUGGUGAUUGACCCUGUCUGUGGGGACUACAGCUUUAAAAGUAGGCAAAAAGUAGAAGGGCAGCCUCCACAGCCACCCCUCUGACCCGUCACACAAACCCUGGAAGCCCACGUGAGUGCAUUCUCAUAGCGCUUUUUCUACAGACCUGC